AUGAGUACGCAGACAAUUACAGCUUCCUCUCAGGUUCACCUGGGGCCCCAGCACCUGGGCAUGUGUCCCGGUAUUAAAUCAACCACCCCUGGCACAAUCGAGGCUGCGAACCGACUGCUGCAGAAGAAUCAUGAUGAAUCUCACAUUUUCUGGAGGGAUUUUGCCGGGCACAAUCAUACGGUACAUAAUGUGCUUACGCGCCUGGCCAUUGGCGCGGAUGCUGCGGAUUUAGAGUCGGGAUAUGUUGACAACGAACGUGAUCGGCGCCCUAUGCCACCACUCGAUGAGAGCGUUAUCCGUGAGCUGGAGAGCGAUGACGGCUUCUACCGCCACCUCGGCCAGCUCUCUGAUUACACUAAUUACAUGGUCUUUUUCGAGCGCGAAAUAGAGCGCAAGGGCUGGAAGGAAGUUGUUAACGAGUAUUGCUUUGGGCGCACCCGCAACGCUGACGUCCUGCUCGCGCGCAUGUUUGAUGGCGCGUUCCACCCUAUUAUCCACCUAGGCCUCGGAGUCGAGUUCGAGCAGCCAAGCAUCGUGGCCGAAGCGCUUGCGCAGGCUGCUACUGACAUCAGCUUCGAGGUCGAUGUCUUUUUCCUCAACGCGGAGGAGUAUGCACGCAAGGCCGGCACGCCACCCUCAAAGCCAAGGCCACUUGUUGAACUCUACCACGAGGCCCACAGCAAUGAGAAAAUCCAUCAUGCAGCACGCUGGGAUGAUUUCCAGUGGAAAAUGAAGAACGGCGUCCUGGGUCGUGCAGGCCAUGAGAUCGCAGCACUGGCGGCGCAAUUCCGUGUUGAGCCAGCCACGCUAGAGCGCCGCACGGCGGAGAUGAUCAGCUGCUGUGCCUACCUUGCGGGCGCUGCGCAGCGCCCGGGCAAGGAACGCCGAAUUGACUUCUUCUACAUGCACGACGUAACCAGCUCCAUCUUCCUCACCAUACUUGCGCGUCAGCCUUGGAUUCGAAUCGAGGAUCGCAUACGAAUGGUCGAGUGGAAGGCUCGGCUUGACUUGGUCUGGUACGCCACCUGCGGUACACCCGAGCUCCGCCUCGCCGAGCUCGAGGGCUAUAAGGCCGGGGUCAGCGCAGGGUGGACCUGGGAGAAACUGUUCGAUGUCGUAAAAGGCCUCCAUGACGACGGCCAUGUAGCCAAAUUUGCUCGGGCUCUCAAAAAUGGCGAAGAGGUGUCACAGCCGUUCGAAAAUGGGCCGGAUGCAUCCGCGUUCCCAGUCAAGGGGGACAUGUGGCUCAAUUUGUCCCGAAUGGCGUAUGAUAUCACCCUCGAUGUGCCUCAAGAGAAGAAGUGGCCGGCUUUCGUUGGGUUUGAUGUACAAUGGGAAAAUGUCCCCGACUUGAAAGAGUGA